ACAACGAGCAGCGGGUCCCUGUCCAGCAGCUCCUGCACGAAGCCCGCACCCCACACGGACGCCGCUGUGUAGAGCAUCCAGCCGCCGUAGCCGACCCGGAGCAGCGUGUUGCCGGCGCCGUGCUUGCACUCGCACUCCAGCAGCAGGUCCCGGGCGACGGAGGCGCGGCACGUGGACGAAGCGAGCGUCGUCGUCACACAGCCCCUCGAGGCUGUGGAUCCGGUGGAACGAGGUGAGCUUGAUGAGGAUAUUGGGGUCGAGGUGCAGGUGCCAGGUGCAGCAAUGUUGUAUGGUGGCCAGCAGGUGCCGCAGGGCCAUCUGCCGCAUGUGUGGAAAGAUCCUCGGGAACUGAAGAGAUUUGCUUGAUCGAACCAUUCUCCGAAUCUGCCCUGAAUGAACAAGUUGGGAAGAUGUUGCUUGAAAACUACGAGGAGUAUGCACGCCUUGCAAGGCUGUACACCGGCAUUCAUGCACAUAAGCAAAAGAAUAAGUCCAAGACCGGAGCCAUUUCCGAGUCAACAACGGCUCUAAACAUGGGUCAGGGCAAUAGCACUGUUCCGAGCAAGAACAUACCAUCAGCGCCAGCACAAGUAUCCACCUCCACCUCAACCAAAGUUCUCGGCAUACAGGAUCAGAACGCAGCUCCUUCUGAUCCUUCUGUAGGUUCAUCAGCGAAACACAAGAAGGAUGGGCCGCUUGCCGUCAAAAUCCCAGCUGAGAAGAAGAUGGAUGCCAGGAAGAAGAGCCUGAAGAGGCUGUAACAGCGCGCCCCGGAUAGCGUCGAAGCGGCGCUGUUGUACUAGUUAGAAGAUUCUGAGCAGGGCCAUUAUGCUGAGCAACAACAGUCUGAAGGUGGCUGACAACAUUGUGAGCUAUCAUUCACUACCCUCCUUUUAGCCAGAACAUCUAAACUAAUUUUCAGGUUUCGUUACAGACUAUAUGAUCGUUUGUUUCGUCUGUCGAUCUGGAAGAGAUUUGCUAGUUCAGUCAUGGAGAUUUUGUUUCUGCUGCGGAUUUGUGGUGUCGUUAAAAAAGGAUUUAUGAUUCGAGACCGAUUGGUUAAACUUUACCAUACAGAAGACUGAAUGUCCAAUGGUGUCAUGCGAAACUACAGUUGAUGAUCGGUCAUUCAGCUGAAACAUGGCAAGCAAGUAACUGAAUGACAGAAAAGCUUUGUGUUUCCAUGGAUGGACUGAACCAGUUCGUUGAAAUUCACCAUAGACCAUACCGUGUCCAUCAAACUAAUACUUGGCAUCUGGCCUUUUUGAUAUGCAAACGUCGAGUGGCAUACUACGUAUCUCUGGCAACAUCCUUUGCGGCAGUUGCCUUGUGUAUUACAUUGUACUGUGCCUUCAAAACACACAUUAGAGUCAUUCAUGUUUCUUAAAUAAUUUGGGUGCAGCACUUGCUCUUUUCUUUCCAAAAGGAGUUCAUAUUUUGUGCUUGUUUCAGAUUCCAGGUUUAGAUUUUUUCUGAAAAUAUUGCAGUACUAAUUGGCUUUUCUUGAGUUUCUAAUGCUUUUCUUUCCAUUACGCAAUACAACUGGCAUGUGUCCCAAAAGUUACUGUACCAGCACAAAGUUUUCAUAGCUCAGUUGGUUAGAGCACUUGUUUAGUAAGCGGGAUGUCUUAAGUUUUUGAAGGCUUUUUUUUUAAGGCGGGAUGUCUUAAGUUGAAGUCUGAAUGAAAGCAACUUAUUUUCUUUUAUUAUUAUAGAGUUUUAUUCUUCGGUCUAGUGUGGGUUAAUUUGCUAAAACAGUAGGGGGUAUUUGCAAAACUGCAGUGAAGACCGGCUCAGCCAGCAUGGCGCCACUUGUCACGUUAUGACUGGCUUUGGACCAAAUUGUCACAUAGGCUGCAAGUUGUAGGAUGGUGGAGUGAGGUUUUACAAGUUUUGGACCAAAACAUCAAUUCCCAGCAAGUUGUAGGACUCGUGGUGCUAUUAACUCUAUAUUUAGUUGACAAGGCUGGCAGAAAUAUAAAAAAGAAAGUAUGGAGCACUGAUAAGCUUACACCAGUUCUUAUUAUUUAACCAUUUUAUGGAACAUGUACAAAAUGCUAUACACUGAAUCUUGCCCACAUGCAUGUACUCUUAAAGUACAGAACAUAUUGUGUAACUUGCGGUAAAGGUAAAAACUGAGAGUUUUGCUGGAGUACGGUCGAAAUUGCCAAGCUGAAAU